AUGAGCAUAGUCCAUAAUAAUGUUGCCGACGCUAUCUUGGACGUCAGACAGCAACAAAGCACUGACCAGCGGUACACAAUCAAGGCUGCCGAUACAAGACUACCAAGGCGCCCAUUUAUUUCUGGUAACUCAGUUAUUAUCGAAGAGGGCAAAGAUCCUGAUAAAAAUGUUAGGAAACCGCCGAGUACUGGACGGUCUACAACUUGGAGCCCCUCACAUACCACCCCCGAGGACGACUAUGGAAAAGAGGAUGAAGGGUAUGAUGAAGAUGAUAGUGAUGACGAGGUAGAUUUCAACAAGGAAGAAGACCUCGACGAUUAUCGCGCUGGAGGUUACCAUCCUACGAAAAUUGGUGACGUUUGCGGUGAUAAGCAGCAAUACCAAAUUGUCCGGAAGUUGGGCUGGGGUCAUUUCUCAACGGUCUGGCUCGCUUCUAACACCAUUACAAAGACAUAUAUUGCUCUCAAGAUCAUCAAGAGCGCUGAUAAGUAUAAAAGUGCUGCUAUUGAUGAAAUUAAGCUUCUCCGACGCUCAGGUCAAGGCUCAGAUGAUCAUCCCGGUAAAAAACAUGUGGUUAAACUACUCGAUUAUUUUUUGCUUGCUGGGCCAAAUGGCGAGCAUGUUUGUAUGGUGUUUGAAUUGCUAGGUGAAAACAUGUUGAGCUUGAUUUAUAAAUUCCGUGACCUAUACUCCCAGUAUAAAGACUUAACAGAUUCAACAUCGCCAUCAUCAUCCAAGGAAAAAGACCAAUCACUAUCAUCUUCUUUGAAUGAAAGCGCAUCUACCUUAAGUUUGAAUGAUUCCAUGUCUUUUGGAGAAGCAUCGACUAAUGUAUUUGCUCUUGACAAGGUGUUCAAAGAUUAUUAUGGUGGUCUCCCCUUAUCCCUUGUGAAGCGCAUUUCAAAACAGAUGCUUUUGGCACUUGAUUAUUUACAUCGUGAAUGUGGGUUGAUUCACACUGAUUUGAAACCAGAAAAUAUUCUUAUUGAGAUACGAAAUGUUGGUAGAGUCGUUGAACUUGUUCGUCAAGAAGAACGGAUCAUCAGGUUCCAUCGUCGUCAGAAUUCUAGCAAAUCUCUAUCAGGAAUCAGCACCACAUCCACUGUCAACUCAACAUUUUGUCAAAAGAAUAAUCAAGCUAGUGGUUUCCAAAGCUCAAAUUCUAUAGGCUCCUCGCCGAAUAAGAAGAAAUUGAGUAUCACUACCAACCUAUCUUCAUCUACAUUGUUCCAAGAUGGGCUAACUACCGCAACCCGUCGCAAUUCAACUCCUAUAAGAACGUCCAAACCAUUACCUUCUCCAAUCCUUCGGAAAUCAAGUAUCUGGUCUUGCUGCUAUGGUGAAGAAAAUUCUGCCACUUCCAAUAGGAAUGAUUCUAGAGGGCUGCAAAUAGAUACAGACUCUAGUAUAUCUCCGUUUGAUAGGUUUCGGUUUACUAGUGAAUCUGUCGAAAAUAUGAGUAAUUCAUUUGGUAAACUUUCCGUAAAUAAUUUGAAUGAAGAGCCUUCAAUAUCCAACCUUUCCCGCCAACUUAGACCUUCGGAAAAUCCGUUUGAUGUCGACUUGGGAAAUCUCAAAGAUCUUAGACUUCUUGAAGACGAGCUUGAAGAGCUAGAUGAGUAUAUUAAUAUCAAAAUUGCAGAUCUUGGAAAUGCUUGCUUUGUGGAUUAUCAUUUUACAGAUUCUAUUCAAACCCGAGAGUAUCGCUCUCCAGAGAUUCUUGUUCAAGCUCCUUGGGGUUGCUCCACAGAUAUUUGGUCUGCUGGAUGUAUUGUGUUCGAACUUAUUACUGGCCUGUUUGCAUUUCGACCAAAUACUAAAACAUCAUCUAUGGACCGUGAUUCUGAGCAUUUAUCCAAGAUUAUUGGCACUGUACUUGAUGAAGCUAAUUUCCGACAAAGCAAAGCUUGUUAUGAUUUCUAUGAUUCCUACUUUUUCGACGAAGAUUCAAAUUUCAUCAAGCCUGACCCAGAUACGCUACCUUCGCCACCACCUGGCUUUAAUCUUAAGAAAAUCAUGAGAACUUCGGCCAAUGAUUUUUUAAAUACAAAGGGAAAUCGCUGCGGUCCAUUUAUUUUUCCUUAUAGUCUUUAUCUUAGUUCUGGUUUAGGGAAGCGGUUCUUUAACUCAAUGGUUACCAGAUUAGUGAGGGGCCCACGCGUUAAGUUCUUUAGUAUUCAUCGAACCCUUGUGGAAAAGCAUCAUGUUUCAAAGCUAGAGGCUCAGGAAAUUUCUGAUUUCAUUGGCCGCAUGCUUGAAAUCCAUCCGAAAUAUCGUGAAGAUGCUGGUGGACUCCUGAAUCAUCCGUGGUUAAGAAUAAGGGCUGGAGCUCCUGGGAGUUAUUAUGAGGACGAUGAAUUUGUUGACCGUCCACUAGGUUGUAGUGGGGAAGAUAUACCUGGUUGGCACUAUGAAAUCAUGCAUCCUAUGAAUAGUGACAUCGAUAGCGAAGAUGAUGAUGAAGACGAGGAAGAAGAAGAAGAAGAAGAAGGUGAUGAUGAUGAUGAUGAUGAUGAUGAAGAUGGAAGUAAUCACAAGCCUGGAAGCGCAGGUGGGUUUUCCCCGCAACAAACUGAGUAUUAUGAUGAAUAUGUUUAUUAUCAUAGAUGA